CGCGCCGCGCACCCUUGAGGCAGAAGUGGGCUCCUCCGCGGGCCCCGGGAGCCGGGGACUCGGGCGCGGCCAUGGAUCCACGGGGAGAGGGCGGUCCAACACCGUGCGUGGAAUGCCCGACGCGCACCACCCGGUCUUCAGUACGGUACUCUGUCCAGGAGUACUCUGUGCGCGGGGGGAUGCCUUUCCCCAUUUCGCCCAAGUUGGUCCUUUGUCCCAAGAGUUUUCUUGCCAGACUGUUCUCCCGCCGUCCCCGAGCCCUCGCUCCUAAAGAAGUUUUGCCGGUCUGGUCAGAGUCCCCCGACUCGGACUGCGGGCUCCGGGUCCGGCCCAGUGAAGCCUUGGGCAGGAUGGGGACCACGCCUCUGCCUCUGGGGUCCCGUUCUCUUGCUCAGCCUCUGAUCGGUCAUUCUAACCUCGGCUACACCUUGCUAAGCCCAUGCAGACGGCUAGUGGAGCCUCCCUGCACCCCAAAGCCUCGCCCCCCCCACCCCUUUUCCCGGAGCGGUGUGUGGGACCCAAGACAGAAUGCAUUCAGGCGAGCGGAGCGCGAGGCCCUGGGGCCCUAACGGCUUCCUAACAGGGGAGGCCUGAGCGCUGCUUACCUGAGCCUGGUAAUUAGGGGAGAGAAAGAAAUACUGGGCCCCAGAUGCGCACUAGUUGAUUCGAACCUUGGCUGCUCCUUAGUUGCUCUGUUAGGUUCUAGAGAUUAGAUGCAUUAAGAGACUUUGAUAGAAGUAGGAAUUCCUAAAAGGAAGGCUGAGAAAAGUUAAGGUACCAGCCAUUGCAGUUACAUUAAGUGAUUAUUCACUUCCUAAAAUAGUGACCAUCUGAGCACUUGGUGUGAAGGGUGAUCUCUUUUCUGAGAAAUCUUCAAGAAAUGCAUGGGAAGUUUUCAGUCCAAUUGCUUACAUAUGGGUGAGCUUUUUGAAAUUGUAAGUUUUUCAAAACGUGGUAACAUAAAGGCUUUCAAGUAAAUGAUUAUUUUUUUAAGUGACAUUGAAAAAAUUAAAGAAAUGAGAUGAAAUGGACAAGCUAAACCAAAUCAUUUUCCCUGAGUCUGACAUGGCCUGAUGAAUUGAUAAUGUUGGUGAGACAUUCAUUCAUCCAUUCCCUCCAUCCUGUCUAUCAAUCAUCUAUCAUCCGUCUAUCAAUCUAUCUAUUCACUGUUACACUGAAGUUCUGCCAAGUUUUCUUUAAGUUGAAGGAGCUCAUUGUAUUUCUCAGUAACUCAUCUAAAAAUUCCUUUCACUGAUAAAGUUUAUUUCCCUCUAUUUUAGGGAGACUGACUAAUUAUAGUAAGAAUUAAUAGUUUGUUAAGGAUGGACUACCCAUUUACAAAAAUAAUAGUCUUUUAGAUUAAAAUAGAAAAAUAGAAAAAUAGAAAAACAAACCCUGUUUUUUACCUUUGGUUCAGUGAGAGGAGGCCUAAUGGAAAUGAAAUAGCCUAAUGUAACUUAAGUAAUUGCUAAUCAUAACUUUUCCAGCAUUCCAGCUCAUAAAUUAAAACCAAUUCUGUUUGGAGGCUUUACCAGUAUAUCUCCCAUGCCAGCCAUCUGGGCCUUUUUUAGUCUGACAUAAAGCUGAAGAGAUAGGUUCUGCCUCUGAAGGCUCUCAAUCUCUCCUGCUGCCAAAAGAACAAAUGAUUUGAAGUGCCAUGUCUGUCUGCCUGAGGUCCAUGUGACAUGGCCUCAGUGACUGACUUUGGGGAGCAUCAUUUGGAGGCUCCGUCUGAAGCAGCUGUUUCUCUCGCCAUGUUCAGAUCUGACUUCCCUCUCUACCCUCUCCAUUCUGCAUUUGCCGAUGGGAGCCCCCUACAGUCCCGUGGCUCCCUUUUACCCAGGACACUGUGAACUAGACUGAGGUAUGAAUAGGACCCCAGUCUCCACAUCCCAGACUCUGCUGGGCCCUGGCUGCCACGCAGAGGCUGGUAUUGUGGCAUUGUGGCCUCCCAGGACUGAAUCAAGCCUCUGUCUCUCAGCUCCCGAGCACUCUGAAUUCAUUCUGCCUGGCUUUUAUCCUUAAUAAUAAAACUGGCUGUUAUUUUUCUGACUGGCCUCCAGACUCUCAUUAGCUUUCACUCUGAAUAGCAGGGCACCGAAGGAGUGCAGCUGAGCCCGAGGGAGCCCUUCUCUCCGGCGGCAGAGCCAAGAGAAUGGUGGUAAACCUCUUGAGUGUGGCUGGGCCCUCCCACCAGUGCCGCGACUACCUGGGCGGUGCACUUGGGGGCGACCUCUGCGAGGACCUGUGUGUGGCGGGCCGGCUGAGGUACCAGCGCUGCCUUUACUAUGAGCGGGGCAAGAAGGUGCUGCAGGCUGACUGGCGCGGCCGGCCUGUGGUCCUCAAGUCCAAGGAGGAGGCCUUCUCCAGCUUCCCACCACUUGGCCUCCUGGAUGACCAGCCUGAAGAUGAGGACAGCAGCCGGGGGUUCUCAGAGGCAGAGCUCCUCCCACUGGUGGUGGGGGAGGUCAAGAGCGCGCUGGGCCUGGAGCUGGCCAACGGCAGUCUGGGGCACCUGGGGCUGGGGUGGCCGGGCCCCCGGCUGCGGGGCCAGCUGGCCAGCCUGUGGGCGCUGCUGCAGCAGGAGGAGUUUGUCCUGCUCAGCCUGCUGCGCGGCCUCAGCCCGCACGCCCCGCCUGUGCUAGGUUCCUGCGGCCAUUUCUAUGCUGUGGAGCAUCUGGCUGCAGGCAGCCCCCGCCACCGGGCCCUCUUCCCCCUGGACGGUGUGUCCCAGGGAGGCCGGGGCCAGGCCCGGGCAGUCAGCGGCGUGGCACUCAGCUUCUUGGACAUGGUCAGCCAUUUCGACCACGACUUUUCCCACCGCCUGCACCUCUGUGACAUCAAACCCGAAAACUUUGCCAUCAGGAAUGACUUCACGGUGGUGGCUAUUGACGUAGACAUGGCCUUUUUUGAACCUAAAAUGAGGGAAAUUCUUGAGCAGAACUGUACGAGAGAUGAAGACUGCAAUUUCUUUGACUGUUUUUCAAAGUGUGAUUUGCAAGUACACAGGUGUGGAGCUCAGAGAGCCAACAGCAACCUGCAGGUCGUCUGUGACAAGAUAUUCCGCCACUGGUUCUCCUCCGCGCCCAGCAGCCCCGCCAUCUCCCUGCCUCUUCGGCUGCAGCUGCGGGAGGCGGUGCAGGAGUGCGCGGCCCCCGGGACCCAGGCGGCGGCGCCCCGCGUGUUCUGGAAGCUUCGGCACCUCCUCCAGGCCGCGCUGCGGGAGCUACAGGAGGAGGAUCAAUAGCCGCUCUGGCCUCUCGGAGGCUCCUCUGGAAAGUGGUCCCGCGUCAAGAGAGGAGUGAGUCCAGGCUCGGGAAGCCCCCGUCUCGGACACCGUGUGAGGAGCGGAUCCCCGCGGCCUUCCUCCUCUCCCGGCUUGAUUCCUCUGCUGUGAAGCCACCGCCGCUCUCUGACCUCUCACUCUUUGGAAGUGACAUGGGGGGUGGGGCGCAGCAGCUGUGUGUGAGCAAGAGUUGCAGCCGGGCCCCUAAGGACCUGCCCGAGUGCCAGAGUGUGCGUGCACGUGUGUGCGCAAGGGCAAGUGAGUGUAUGUGAGGGCGAGUGCGCGUGAGUGAGGGUGAGAGUGCACCUGUGAGAGGUGUGCAGGUGUGUGAGUGUGCCUGACUGUGUGCCCCUGUGUGGGAGGCGCUGCGCUUCCGAGCAGGGAAGGUGCUUCCUCCGGCGUGUCUGCUGGGACCAGGCCUCGGUUGCCAAGAAGAGUCGCCUUUCUCCUGGAGUUGAGUACAAUGAAACAAGUCUAAUCUUCGGGACAUGUAAUUUGUAAUGGCCAGUGUGUUGGCGUAUAGUUUUGUUUUGUUUUUUUGAAGAAUGCAUGGAUUUUCAGGACUGUUAAGUGUAAUAAGUAUUUAUCCCAGUACCUCUUACUUCCUAGCAGGGGUGGCAGGCUUAGGAGUUCCAAGGUGGAGCCAGGGCCUGGUGAUUGGGCCUCAGGGCAGGGUGAUGACCAGCCCCUCUCUGUGGGUUGAGUGGAGACCAGGCCACAGGUGGCUCCUCACAGGUUGGCAUAUUUGCUUCCAGGGGGUUCCCAAAGACCCUCUCCUGCAAGAGACCAAAAGGGAGGAAACCACAUGCUGGUCACUCCCCUGGUCAAGCAGGUAGAUCCCUGUGGAGCCGGCUAGACCUCUGCCUACUUCGAUGGAGGUUCCGGUUCUAGUCCACAUCCUGGGGCAGCGAGAGCUCAGCAAACAACCACAGGCCAUCCUUAAGGAAAACCUAGAAAGGCGCAAGGAGUGGAUAAGGAAUUCUGUUGGCUUAUGAAUAGGAGACAAACUAAUCUGAAGUCUUAAAAUAUUACAAAUGGACAAAUUCUAAGUAUUUCUCUGUCCUUGCCUAGCCCCUUUCUGAUGCAGGGAAGGGGAAACUGCCCACUUGUGCUUGUUCAGCUGCAUUUCCUGGCUGUGCAUCUGUCUGCACCUCUACUCACCGGCAGGAAGCACGUCUGAGGCAGAGCAUCCUCUAAGGCCCCCCAUUUCUAAGUUAGUGACUUCUCAACACUGGGGGGGAAGGACCCCUCCCCCCCCAUCACCACUGGCAUUAUCCACAUGACUAUGAAUUUCAUCCAGGGCCCCCUCUAAACAUAUAUAUGAAUAACUCGCUUUGCCUAAUAUUAGGAAAAAAAACUCAUGUUAGUCACUUUUGUGGCAGAAAUAAAUUAAGGAGUUCCUGCUGUGGCUCAGCAGGUUAAGAACCCAAUUAGUAUCCAUGAGGAUGCGGGUUUGAUCCCUGGCCCUGCUCAGUGAGUUAAGGAUCCAGCAUAGCUAGUGAGCUGUGGUAUAGGUCACAGAUGCGGCUUGGGUCCGGAGUUGUUGUGGCUGUGGUAUAGGCCAGCAGCUGCAGCUCCGAUUCGACACCUGACCUGGGAACUUCCAUUUGUCAUGGGUGCGGCCUUGAAAAGGAAGAAAAAAAAAAAAAAAGUAAACUAAAAUGUGCCACCGAGGCCUGGAUUAGAUUCUUAAAGAAGAGACUUGGCUUCUGUAUGCUGGGCAGAGGCUCCGUUUCUCCCAAGAUGUGCUACGUGAGGUUGUGUCUGUAGUGGUGAGGGUCUUACCGAACCUCAAGACCCUCUGGUCAGGUUCCUCUAAGGCAGGUGUGAAACAGAGGCUGGGGGAGGGCAGGAGGCAUAGGGGCUUUGCUGUCUGUGCCUUUAAACAGUUGGUUUUUGCAUUGUGAGGGCAAAUGGGUCUCCUGUGGUUAACCUGGGAUUACAGCCCUUCCUUGGCCUUGGUCUGAGCUAACCUUCCAGGCAGCAAAGGGAAAAGAUUCCUUUUCAUUUCAACUAAAAUGGAAACAAAUGUUUAUGCUUGUUAUGGAGGCUGUGCAAUAUGUAAUUACCCAACACAAUAGCAUUUUUAUUGAAGAGAGCAGUUUAUUCCUUCCCCUGUGUCUGACUACCCUUCUCCCUAUCUGUCUCUAUCUCUGUCUCUCUCUCACACAUACACCCCAUGCCCCUUUCCCAUCCUGCCUGGAGAAUUCAUCUAAGGCAGUCUCUUAGACUGCGGUCAAAUUCUGUUCUUGUUUUUGUUUUUUUCAGUUUUCAAACUCUUGCAAAAUACUGCUUUUAUAUAAUAAACAAACAUGGUAUCUGUAUU